AUGCCCUUUGGGUUAACUAAUGCCCUUGCAGCCUUCAUGGACUUGAUGAAUCGGGUGUUUCAUUCAUACCUGGAUCAGUUUGUUAUUGUGUUCAUAGACGAUAUAUUGGUUUAUUUAGGGAGUAAAGAAAAGCACGCUGAACACCUCAAAAUAGUGUUACAGACAUUGCGGGACCGAGAGUUGUAUGCUAAAUUCAGUAAGUGCGAUUUCUGGCUGGAUCGGGUAGUAUUCUUGGGUCAUGUGGUUUCGGUGGAAGGCAUUUGUGUUGAUCCUCAGAAAACUGAAGCAGUAGAUAAGUGGGAAAGACCCACCUCCGUCACUGAGAUCCGAAGUUUUCUUUGUUUAGCGGGGUAUUAUCGCCGAUUUGUGGAAGGUUUUUCUAAAUUGGCACUUCCAUUAACCAACCUAACCAGAAAAAAUGUAAAGUUUGAUUGGGCAGAUGCUUGUGAAUGGAGUUUCCAAGAGUUGAAGAAAAGACUUGUAACAGUUCCAGUUUUAACACUUCCAAGUCCUGGUGUGGAAUUUGAAAUUUAUUGUGAUGCUUCUCAUCAAGUUCUAGGUUGUGUCUUGAUGCAAAAAGGAAAAGUAGUGGCAUUUGCUUCUAGACAAUUAAAGAAGCAUGAAUACCGUAUUAUUAAAGCCCAGCUAGAUGAUGCAAGGCUGAGGAAGUUAGCAGAAGAAGUAAGACAAAACCAGAGAUUGAAUUAUAGCUUGAGGGGUGAUGAUGCUUUGAUGAAAUAUAAUAGGUUGUGUGUACCCAGUGACCAAGCUAUAAAAGAUCAAAUUUUAGAGGAAGCACAUAGUUCUGCAUAUGCAAUGCAUCCUGGUAAUACGAAAAUGUAUAUAACUUUGAAGAAACACUAUUGGUGGCCAGGUAUGAAGCGUGAGAUUGCAGAUUAUGUGGCUAAGUGUUUGAUAUGCCAGCAAGUUAAACCUGAACAUCAGAGACCAACGGGACUCCUAAAUCCUCUUCCAGUGCCAGAAUGGAAAUGGGAGCAUGUUAUCAUGGACUUUCUUUUUGGACUACCUCGCACAACGAAUGGACAUAAUGGCAUUUGGGUGAUAGUUGACAGACUUACGAAGACAGCAAGAUUUCUACCAGUCAAGGUCACUUUCACUUUAGAUAAGUUGGCCAAGUUGUAUGUUGAUAAAACUGUGAGUGCGUAUGGAGCCCCAGUAUCUAGUGUGUCUGAUCAAGACUCCAGGUUUACCUCAAAGUUUUGGCCAAGUUUACAACAAGCCUUAGGUACCAAGUUACAUUUUAGUACCGCAUUUCAUCCUCAGACAGAUGGCCAGUCAGAACGAACCAUUCAAACUUUGGAAGAUAUGCUCAGAGCUUGUGCUUUGCAGUUUAAGGGUGUGCUUCGAUUUAGCAGAAAAGGAAAGCUGAGUCCAAGAUUCAUUGGGCCUUAUGAGAUACUGGAACGUAUUAGGCCUGUAGCAUAUCGUUUGGUGUUACCUAUGAAACUUUCCAGGAUUCAUGAUGUAUUUCAUGUGUCAAUGCUGCGUAAGUACGUCCCAGAUCCAUCUUAUAUUCUUGAAGCACAACCAGUUCAUUUGAAAGAAAACUUGUCCUACGAAGAGGAGCCAAUACAAAUCCUUGACAAGAAAGAACAAGUGCUAAGGAACAAAGUGAUCCCAUUAGUUAAGGUUCUUUGGAGGCAUAAUACUGAAGAAGCAACAUGGGAAACGGAGCAAGCAAUGAAGGUGCAAUACCCACAUCUUUUCACAUCAUCACCUUGA